GCACGGCCGAGUCCCCACGCCCCUCGAGGAGCCAUUGUGCGGGAGCCUAGCUUUCCCUGUGGCUUCGAACCCCUCGGCGGAGACUAAGAAUCCCAAACACCUCUUAGUCGGGUGUUCGCUAAAGCGAUUCCACGCCAUACUCAGUCAGCGUCCACCGUUAGUGCUUGUGUUUCUUGUGUAAAGGAAAAAUGUGAGACCCAUCUUGAAAACUUUGAAUAAGAAACAGUUCAUGAAUCGGAGAACACCAGACUGAAAGAGGUUUAGUGUUGUAAUGACCAAAGGUCAGAGCGGGCAGGCUCUGGAUCUCGGCGGGAUCAGGCCAGGCAACUGAUCACAGAUCUAGAGACUCGAGGGAGUCAAGCUCUUCCUUUGUUCAUCUCCUGCUUAGAGGACACAGGCCAGGACAUGUUGGCUUCGUUCCUGCGAACUAACAGGCAAGCAGUAAAGUUGUCGAAGCCAACCCUAGAAAACCUUACCCCGGUGGUGCUCAGACCAGAGAUUCGCAAACCAGAGGUUCUCAGACCGGAAACACCCAGACCAGUGGACAUUGGUUCUGGAGGAUUCGGUGAUGUUGGUGCUCCUGAGAGUUUGAGGGGAAAUGCAGAUUUGGCUUACGUCCUGAGCAUGGAGCCCUGUGGCCACUGCCUCAUUAUCAACAAUGUGAACUUCUGCCGUGAGUCUGAGCUCAGCACCCGCACUGGCUCCAGCAUUGACUGUGAGAAGUUGCAGCGCCGCUUCUCUUUGCUGCAUUUCAUGGUGGAGGUGAAGCACGACCUGACUGCCAAGGAAAUGGUGCUAGCUUUGCUGGAGCUGGCACGGCGGGACCACAGUGCUCUGGACUGCUGUGUGGUGGUCAUUCUCUCUCACGGCUGUCAGGCCAGCCACCUGCAGUUCCCAGGGGCCGUCUACGGCACAGAUGGAUGCCCUGUGUCGGUCGAGAGGAUUGUGAACAUCUUCAAUGGGACCAGCUGCCCCAGCCUGGGAGGGAAGCCCAAGCUCUUUUUCAUCCAGGCCUGUGGUGGGGAGCAGAAAGACCAUGGGUUUGAGGUGGCCUCCACCUCCCCUGAAGACGAGUCCUCUGGCAGUAACCCCGAGCCAGACGCCACCCCGUUCCAGGAAGAUUUGAGGACCUUUGACCAGCUGGACGCUGUAUCUAGUUUGCCCACACCCAGCGACAUCUUUGUGUCCUACUCUACUUUCCCGGGUUUUGUCUCCCUGAGGGACCCUGAGAGUGGCUCCUGGUACAUUGAGACCCUGGACAACAUCUUUGAGCAGUGGGCUCACUCUGAAGACCUGCAGUCCCUCCUGCUCAGGGUCGCUGAUGCUGUUUCGGUGAAAGGGAUUUAUAAACAGAUGCCUGGUUGCUUUAAUUUCCUCCGGAAAAAGCUUUUCUUUAAAACAUCAUAAGGCCAGGGCCCCUCACCCUGCCUUAUCUUGCACCCCAAAGCCUUCCUGCCCCAGGCCUGAAAGUGGCUGAGACCUGGACUUUCCUGCAACUCAAGGACUUUGUAGCCGGCACAGGGUCUGCUCUUUCUCUGCCAGUGACAGACAGGCUCUUAGCAGCUUCCAGAUUGGCGACAAGUGCUGAACAGUGGAGGAAGAGGGACAGAUGAAUGCCAUGGAUUGUGUGUGGCCUCUUGAGCAGUGGCUGGUCCAGGGCUAGUGACUGUCCCGUGAUCCCUGUGUUCUCUCUAGGGCAGGGAUUAACCUCUGUACUACUGACCUGUGGGGUCAGGUCACCCUUUGCUGUGAGGCUGUCCUGGAUGUUCAGCACUGUCCCUCGCCUCAAUGCCAGUGACACGUCUCCCUGAGUGGUGCCAAACAAAAAUGUUCUCAGGUGUUGCCAAAUAUGUCCUGGGGUAUAAGACUUUACUCACCUGACAACCACUGGUCUGUAGGGAUUUUUGGCUACACACAAACCAGUAUCUCUCAUAGAUCAGCAAGCUGGGGCCUACUAGAGCCUGAACAGCUGUAAUCUGUGAAUUCUAAGUGAAGUUUUAAAAAUAGUUAAUUUUUCCUACAUUGCAUUAAUCCUAAAAAAUAAAAGGCAAAUAUGGACUCUCUUUUGCCUAUUUCUUCCCUAAUUUUGCUCCAACUCUUUGUUCUUCCUUACAAAAGAGACUUUUGCUUUUUUCAAAACAUUUCCCCAUGUUUUUCUGGGCUCUCACUAUGUUGCCCAGGCUGGUCUCAAACUCCUGGGCUGCGGUGACCCUCCCAAGUAGCUGUAACUACAGGCUGCACCACCUCACCCAGCCCCAUUUCUUCAUGUCUCAUUUCACUUGAUCCCUAUUCCAUCCCAGGAAGGCAACAAGGGAACAAGGGUGAGAACCCUGUGCUCAGGGAGGUUAGGUCCAUUGUCCAAGGGAACACAAUUAUCCAGAGAUAAUUAUAGGGAGGGGCCCAUGAAGCACCCCCAGACUGCAGUGUGAAUGUGCUGUGCAAUAGUGACACGUUGGGCUGCUCCACCCUGAGGUCUUUUAAGCUGUCCUUAUGCCAGCCUAUUUGUUGUUUUUUGGGCUUUUUUUUUUUUUUUUUUGGAGAAAGGGUGUUACUCUGUCACCCAGGCUGGAGUGUACUGAUGCGAUCUUGGCUUCCUGCAGUCUUGACCUCCUGGGCUCAAGAGAUCCUCCCACCUCAGCCUCCUAAGUAGCUGGGACUACAGGUGUGCGCUACCUCUCCCAGUUAAUUUUUGUAUUUUUAGUAGAGACAGGGUUACGCCAUGUUACUCAGGCUGGUCUUGAACUCCUGGACUCAAGCGAUCAGCAAAGUGCAGGGGUUACAGGCUUGAGCCAUUGAGCCUGACCUAUUUCUGGUUUUUAGGGCCCUGGAUGUUAGGAUGGAUUGCUAAAUAAAUAAUAAUAAAACCCUCA